UUAGAGCAAAGUUCCCUAGAAUGAUGUACUAUCAUCUUGCAACAGUCAUAUUUGCCCUGUUGGCAGUUGGCAACGGCAAGCCUGCCUCGGAUGACUCAAGUGAGCAAAACACUUCGGAAGAACGGGGAGCCAUUGGACGAUUGAAACAGCACUUUGAAGAUGCUUGCACACGAAACAGCAACUCUAGUGUCACCUAUGCCGACGUCAUCGAAGCCGUUUCCGAGACCACCGUUUGUUUUGGAUUCAAACUAGAUUUUGGAGAAUUCCUCUCAGGCUGGAGACACCUCAACGAUGAAAAUCGUGAGGAGUUUUUUACGAAAUAUUGUCCGCUGGUUAAAAACACAACGCUGCAAUGUUUAGAACCGGUGGAGGAGCUCAGCAAGCUGUGCCUGAAUCCGGGAGCUCAGCGUGUCGAGGCUCCGGAUUUUCCCAUGUACCUAUUGCCCCAGGUGGUGGAUUUGGUGUGCGAAGAUAAUGGUGCAAUUUUUUUCGCUAGUAGUGCCGAAAGGCCAUUUGACUGCUUUGAGAAUUACUUCGGCUACAUUCAACGGUGCAUGAAGAACUUUGUCAGCGAGACAAGCGCCAAAAGUCGAGGGGAUUAUGGUGAACCUGAGUGCAGAGUUCUGGAAAAAUCACGGGAAUGUGUGAGAAGUAAUUUGGAAGACUGCGGAAGCUUGGAACUGAUACGGAUGUUUGACGUGCCGUAUAAGGCAAUCGUCAGGGAGACAGAGUGCAGAAAUUUCUUACGUAUUCCUGAUAACAAUUGAAAAUCUAUGCAAUAUUGUGAUGAAAUAAAUAUAUUUUUGCCGUUAUUUUUCUUCUAUUUGGUUGGUAAAAUCGAAUUGUAUUACUGUAACAUUCCUCGUUUACCGAUUAUUAUUUUUCGGUAAAACAUUACCGAACAAAGCUUAGUAUGUAGAGUAUCAUUCAUUUAUAGAACAAUACAAUGUUAAUCUAUCCUAGGAGCUAUUCACGAUCAACAUGGGCGUGGAUCAUACCGAAAAUCACCUCCUUCGUCCAUCUCUUCGCUUUUGGCUGCCACUGAACUUUUGCCAAAUUU